CACAACUCUCUCUCCUCUCUCCAGCUCUUCUGUCACUUUAACAAACAUUUCUGUGUUGUUAGUUUUACUUGUGGCCUUUUUUUUUUUUUAGAAAUUAAGGACGGUUUUUAUUUGGAACUAUUUAGUGAAAUGGUGAAGAAAAGGUUUGACAUGUUUAUUUUCUUCUGCUUGUGGAGCAUGUCUGGUGUGUUUGGUGUUGAUGAAGUGAAGUCAGUGUCAGUGACGGAGGGAGAAUCAGUCACUCUAAACCUUCAUAUUACUAAAACACAGAAAGGUGAUCUGACAUGGAGGUUUGAACAGUUUCUCAUAGUUACAUUCAACACACAGAACAAUGAAAGGAAAUAUCAUGAUAAUAGUGCUGGUGGGAGAUUCAGAGGCAGAAUGAAGCUGGAUCAGACUGGAUCUCUGAUCAUCACAAACACCACAACUCAACACACUGGACUUUAUGGAGUAUACAGCUGGAACAACAACAAUAUCAGCACAUUCAGUCUUACUGUCUAUGCUCAUCUGCCCAUUCCUGUCAUCAGCAGAGACCCUUCACAAUGUUCUUCAUCAUCAUCAUCAUCAUCACAGCAGAAUUGUUCACUGUUGUGUUCAUUGGUGAAUGUGAGUGAUGUGAGUGUCUCCUGGUUCAAAGGAAACAGUUUAUUGUCCAGCAUCAGUGUGUCUGAUCUCAGCAUCAGUCUCUCUCUACCUCUGGAGGUGGAAUAUCAGGAUAAAAACACCUACAGCUGUGUGAUCAUAACAGCAUGCUCUGUGGACCAGGCGUGA